GCCGUUUCCAGAAGAUCUUCGAGGAAGGCCCUCCGACGAUUGCCAAGCCGGAGGUCUUCCAUGAGAUGGAACGCGCAGCCAUGAGGCUGACGGCCUUGGUAGGCUACCGCGGCGCAGGCACGGUGGAGUACCUCUACAGCCCCGAGACCCACACCUUCUGCUUCCUGGAGCUAAACCCGCGCCUGCAGGUGGAGCAUCCAGUGACAGAGUCGAUCACCGGCGUCAACAUGCCAGCAACGCAGCUGCAGAUUGCCAUGGGCAUCGCCCUCUACAACAUCCCGGAUAUCCGGCGCUUCUACGGUUAUGACCCUGCUGUUUGCUCGAAGAUUGAUUUCUUCGCUGUGGACUAUCCGCCCAUCACCUCUCAUUGCUGUGCCUCCCGUAUCACUGCCGAGAACCCCGACGAGGGCUUCAAACCCACGAGCGGCAAGAUCAACAGCGUUCGCUUCCAAUCCUCGGGCGACUGCUGGGGCUAUUUCUCCGUUGGCCUCAGGGGCGGCAUCCACGAGUUCGCAGAUUCGCAGUUUGGGCACAUCUUCGCAAAGGGCCCGAAUCGCGAGGCCGCGCGCAAGAGCUUGCGCUUUGCUCUCAUGAACAUCGACAUCCGGGGCGAUAUCCGCCAUCCCGUUGACUAUUUGGUUGACCUCAUCGAGACACAGGCGUACAAAGACAACACCAUUGACACAAUGUGGUUGGAUGGUCUUAUUGCCAGCCGGGCGAUCACGCCAAGCGCCAGUGUCAUGGAUGUGGUGUUUUAUGCCGCUGCCUUCCGUGCCUACGGCAUGGUGAAGUCGAGAACCCAGGAUGCAAUCGACUCCAUGCAGAAGGGGCAGCUGGUCUUGUUGGGCAAGAGCGACACGGAUGCUCUGGUAGACUUCCCCGUGGACAUUACCUUCGACGGCAAGAAAUUCUCCUUUCAGGUGUCGCGAACCCGUUCCGACCUCUACGCGUUCACCAUCAACAACAAGACACUCAAGGCUAAGGUGAGGGAGCAGCCAGAUGGUUCUCUCUAUGUGAGCAUUGGCAACAUCAGCCAGCAAGUGAAGGGUCAGGAGGAGGCCCUGGGACUGAGACUCAUCAUCGGAGCUCAGACCAUUAUGGUCCCUACGGUUUACGACCCGUCCGAGCUCCGCUCAGACGUGAACGGCAAAGUGGUGCGCUACUUGCACGAUGAGGGCUCCGAGGUUGCUAAGGGAGAGAGCUACAUUGAGCUGGAAGCCAUGAAGAUGAUCAUGUCUCUGAAG